ACAUAGUUUUUACGACAAAAUUUAUUUCAUCAUUUUUUCAGAGAAAGUAGAAGAACUUCUGGCUGCUUGGUUAUAAACUCUGCUAAAAACAAGUCCUAUGUAAAGUGGUUGCAGAGUGGAGAGACUAGUAUUGGUUGGAUCCCCCUGUAUCUUGGUCCAAAAACUCGUGUCAUGGGACUGAAAAGCGGUUCAACGGCCCCUUGGGCCUCUCCCCACUCUCCAUACCUUCAAACACGGAGAUAUGAAUGCCUCUGGUUAAGAAGAAGACAGGAUGACGGAGGAUUCAGCCCCUGGAACACCAGGGGGUGGGGAUAAAUCCCCUUCUAGAGGAGGUGGACCACCUGGAUUUGGGGGCGGAGAACCCCGUGGAUUUGGUGGUGGCGGAGGUCCAGGAUUUGGAGGGCCUGGAGGUCCAGGAGGCCCAAAUUUUGAUGGACCGAGAUUCGGAGGACCUAGACCAAAUUUUGGAGGUGGACCGGGUUUCGGUGGAGGUCCUGGAGGUCCAAACUUUGGUGGUCCAGAUGGACCUAGAGGAUUUGGGAACAGUCCAGAUAAUUUCCGAGGUCGAGGAGGAUGGAGAGGAUCUCCCAGAGGAUUCGAUCGCGGUGGAUUUGACCGUGGAGGAUUCAGAGGACGUGGAGGAUUCGAUCGAGGAGGUCCUGGUGGUCCCGGUGGUCCAGGAGGUUUCAACAGAGGAGGGUUCAAUCCACGAUUUGGAGGCCCAUUUAGGGGCCGAGGGGACUUUGGUCCACGUGGAGACUUUGGUCCGCGUGGAGACUUUGGCCCACGUGGAGACUUUGGCCCACGUGGAGACUUUGGCCCACGUGGAGGUUUUGGUCCGCGUGGAGGUGGACCUGGACCAGGCUGGGGGGAUCCUAACUGGGGCCCACCACCCCCAGGAAUGAUGGGACCAAAUGGUCCAGGACCCGGAGGUCCCAUGCCUCCUUGGAUGCAGGGACCAAGAGGACCAGGAGGCUUUGGACAAGGACCAAGGGGGCCGUUUAAUGGUCCUGGUGGAGAUGAUGGCAGAGAAGGUGUACUGGGUAAGGGACCGGGGGGACCUGGGGGAGAUCUUGGUAUUGAUCUAUCCGGAGAUGUUUGGGUCGCUACACCAGCAGAAGAAGGUAAAGUUUAUUACUACAACGCCCAGACCAGAGCUACACAGUGGGACAAACCAGAGGGACCGGAUGUAAAAAUCUUAACACAGGAAGAGGUUGAUAAUAUUCAGAAGAAGAUGGGAGAGAAGAAUGAGAACAAGGGACCAGAUGGACCUGGAGGUCCUGGUGGUCCAGGAGGACCAGGUCCCGGGGGACCAGGUCUUGGUGGACCAGGAUUCCCAGGCGGACCCGGCGGUCCAGGAUUUCCCUUCGGAGGUCAAGGUAUGCCUUUCGGAGGGCCGGGUGGUCCUGGAGGACCAGGAGGUCCCGGCGGUCCUGGAGGGCCUCCCUUUGGGGGAGGAAUGCCUCCAUGGGUGGGACCAGGAGGUCCGGGUGGUCCCAUGGGACCUGGUGGUCCAGGAGGUCCACCUACCCCCUGGAUGGAUAAACCUAAAUGUGCGUGGACUGAACACAAUGCUCCAGAUGGGAAGAAAUAUUACUAUAACAGUGAGACUCAGGAGAGUGUUUGGGAGAAACCUCAAGAACUUAAAGAUUUCGAGGAGAAGGGAGGAGAUAAGGAUGAUGAUAAACCUAAAUUCUUUACUCCCGCUUUCCUCAAGCUCGGACAGGACGCGGAGAAGGCUCAAGUGGAGACUGCUAAAGCUCAGAAAGCUGCUGAGGCUGCGGCCGCUAUUCUCCGCAAACGGAACCUGGACGGACUCGGAGCUGAGGUUAAAAUGGAAGAGAAACCCAAGGAGCCACCAAAGGAUAAAUCUCGUCCUAUAUCCAGCACUCCCGUCCCUGGCACACCCUGGUGUGUAGUUUGGACCGGAGACAGGAGAUCCUUCUUCUACAAUCCAACUACCAAAACCAGCGUCUGGGAGAAACCAGCGGAGAUGGUUGGACGGAGUGAUGUUGCCAAGAUGUUGGAAUCUCCGGAGGGAGCGGAGGAGUUUAAGAAGAAACAGCAGGAGAAAGCCCUCCCUGUUAUUAACGACGAGCCGGCGAUCAAGAAGGCAAAGAUUGAAGAGAUCGAGGAGAUCCAGGAGGAGGAGGUGGAGGACGAGGUUACAGUUAUCAAGGAGGAGAAGAAGCGUGUUGCUCCGGGUAAGGAAGCAGCUAUGGAGGCUGAGGUCCGAGCUGCUAGGGAGAGAGCAGUGGUUCCUCUGGAUAUUAGGAUGACCAAGUUCAAGGAACUCCUGGAGGAGAAGAAGGUGUCAGCAUUCAGCACCUGGGAGAAGGAACUGCACAAAAUUGUGUUUGAUUCUCGUUAUCUUCUACUCACUAGUAAAGAGAGGAAACAGGUGUUUGACAAGUACGUGAAGGAGAGAGCUGAGGAGGAGAGGAAGGAGAAGAAGGCAAAGGCUCGGGAGAUCAAGGAGAACUUCAAGGAGCUCCUGGAGGAGGCAGACUUAAACGUAAAGAGCAGUUACUCUGAAUUCUCCAGGGAGCAUGGGAAGGACUCCAGGUUCAAGGCUGUUGACAAGACGAGGGACAGGGAGGGACACUUCAACGAUUUCAUCAUGGAGCUGAGGAAGAGGGAGAAAGAUGAGAGGGAGGAGAAGAAGAAGAAUGCGAAGAAGGAAUUUAAAUCUCUUCUCCGGGAUACGGAGGAGAUUGAUAGGCACAGUCAUUGGUCUGAUGUCAAGAAGAUUAUUCAAGAUGAUUCAAGGUAUUCCAACAUUGAUUCCAGUUCACAGCGUGAAGAUCUGUUCAUGGAUUAUAUACAGGAGCUUAAAGACGAAUACAGGAACAGCAAGAAGAAGGAGAGAUCCCGAUCCCGAGGCCGUCGAUCUCGAUCCCGAUCUUCCAGGUCUAGGUCCGGGUCCAGGGAGAAGAGAAAGAAGAAGAAGAAGGACAAGGAUAGGAGCAGGAGCAAGGAUAGAGUGAAGAGGGAGAAGGAGGAAGGGGAAACUUCGGGGGGAGAAGCAGACUCUAAGAAGAAAGAAACCAACGGAAAAGAAACGAACGGUGACAUGAGUGAAAACGAGGAGGAUAAAGAGAAGAGGGAGAAGGAGGAGAGGGCGGCGGCCAGCAUCAGGAAGAGGGAGGAGGAGGUCAAGGAGCAGAUGGCAGGACACCUCAGGGACAGGGACAAGGAGAGGGAACAGCAUCAGCAUCAUGAAGCAGUGAAUGGAUUCUCUGCAAUUCUCACCGAUUUAAUCAGAACCCCAGACUUCAGCUGGAAAGAGGCUAAAAAGAUUUUGAAGAAGGAUUCCCGAUGGGAGUCCCUGACCCUGGAAAAGGGUGAGCGUGAGAAACUGUUUGAUGAACAUAUUGAUCGUCUUGUACAGAAGAAGAAGGAUGCUUUCCGUAGUCUACUCGAGGAACUCAAGGAUACGCCUCUAGAUGCAUCAUUCAAGGAUAUAAAGAAGGGUAUCAGAGAUGAUCCUCGGUUCACUAAGUUCUCCAGCUCCGAGAAGAAGUGUGAGAAGGAGUUUUACGCCUGGCUCAAGGAUAAAACCCAGCAGGCCAGGGAUGAAUACAAGAUUCUUCUCCAGGAGACGAAGAUUAUCACCUACAGAUCCCUGGAACAGAUUAAAGAGAAGGAUGGUAACCAUAUGGAGGAGAUUGAAGAGAUACUCUGCAAGGACAGCAGGUACCAUAAGAUGGAACCUUUGAACGACGACCGAGCUGAUAUAUUGAUGGCCUAUCUUGAAGAACUUGAACGAAAAGGUCCUCCACCUCCACCAACAGCAUCCGAACCUUCCAGAAGAAAAUAAUUUGCGGCAUUUUUAAUUCUCUGCGCACCACGCGGUUGGAGAAUUUUCCUAUUCUUCUUGUGAGAAGUUAAUACAUACGUGAAUUCCAACAUGUCAGUCAUUAUUUUGUUUUCAAUUCUACCAUGUUUGACCAUAUCUUAUUUGCAAUUAUUUCUUGUCAAGUUAUCCUGUACAUUUACAAAUACAGUUUUCUUGCAUGUUUGACGCAUUUUAGUUGGAAUAAAUUUUGAACCGGGAA